ACGCCACUGAGACGUCACUGAGGGCAGCAGGAAACUUGUCCUAGGUUGCAAUGCAAGAUGUAACCAAAAGUAUGUAUUCUAUUACCAUCUGUUAAAGGCAGGUGGGGGAGGGCUCUUUAUCUCUUCUACAACUAAUCCUCCCUCCUGCAGGGAGAUAUCUUCAGUUAAUGGGCCAUUGAGUGUCCCUGCAUGGCUGAUAAAAUUACAUCAUCCCAUUGUGAGAUGCUCCGCCCAGGGGGAGGAGCCAAGCAUUCCUAUGUGGAUAUAAUCUGAGCCUUCAAACACCACAGCCACCUUUUCCACUGGAUUCCCAGAGGAAGAACAGACCCUUCUACAUCAUCAGUGGACCUCCAGAGGAAAACUCCACCCUUCUACAGGAUCACUGUGUGGCAAGGAACACCAGGGAAAGCUGUGUGGAUCCAAACACCUUUGUGAUUUACAGAAACAGCUGGGAGAAAUGGGAGCUUGGGCAUCAGUGCCAGAGGACCCUACACUCCAGGUAUGGACUCUAGCUUUAACAAGAAGAGGGAUCAAACAUGAUAAACAGGCUUUACUAGCCUUAAUCAAGUGGUGUGGGAGGCUUGGACUGGACGUGUCUGAAGGGGCCGCCUUGGACUUAAACACGUGGGAUUGGGCUGGCAGAUACAUACUUGCAGCAGCUGCCACGGCCGAUGAAACUGCCAUCAAUGUCAUCGAACCCUGGAGGCUGAUCCUGGACCUGAUAAAACAGUUAGAGAGCGAGCGAGACACGAGGCAGGUGGAGGGGAUGGCACCGGGCGAGCAGGGCAGGAGAACGGGCAGAGCAUCCGCCAUGUGGAGCCACGGAGCCUCCCCAGGAGGGGGUGACCUGUCCUCAGAGUUCCCUGAGGCUGCCCGGGACUGUGGCAUUGUCCCGGGCAGGGAUGAUAUGCCAGCCAAUCGUCCCACCAUUGCACAGAGCCGUGGAGCCAGCCCACACAGGGACAAGACCCCAGUAGAGCGCACUGUCACUGAACAAAGCGGCGAGGACACUGCGCGCUCCCGAGUCAAGUUAAACAGGCGUCCUGCAGCCCCUCUGGGUGCUGCCUCUUCGCUGUGUCCUGCUGUGCCAGCCCUUGGAGCUACGACAGGCUGCCCUGCCUUUCCUCUGUGCCCUGCCCCUUCAACCAAGAGCACUGAGACCACGACCGGCCGCCGUGAAAUGGCAAGCUGCUGUGGAGCCGCCUCUGCCAGCCGCCAGGCAACGCUCGGCCGCCACAGGACCACUGGCUGCUGUGGAGCACACGGCUGCUGCAGAGGGCUGGCUGCCGCCGAGCCUGGCCGUGCCACAAGGACAAAUGCUCACUCUGUGACCAAGCCUGGCCAUGCUGGCUCUGCCGCUGCGCUGCAGGGGCGCCCGGCUCUCGCAGGGACAGAGCACCUUACAGCUGUUCCAGUUAUGCCAGUGCAGCCAUUCCAGCAGCGUGUGCCAGAGACACCUACAUGCCCUGCUACAACACGUGUGCCAGUACUGCCUCCUCCCAGAGCCCCUAGGUCCAGCUCUGACACCGUGCUUUCUGCCCGGCCUCCACGGGGCAGAGCCAGCUGUCACUGCAACUCAGGGACGGGCCUGGGAAACACAUCACCAGAAAUUCCUGGAAGAAAGAGGAGAUCCGGGAAUUCCUCAGCAGUCACUGCUGGGACUGCACUGCCACCGUCGGAGCAGAAGCUUGCUUUGGAUUGUAUACCAGCAAAGGACAUGAGAGAGAUCCAGAACCAUCAUCCCUCAGCAGAGCCACAAAAUAUCGUCACCAACGCCACAUUGCCAACAGCUCUGCCCAAUCCUGUGACCGUCAGGCAAAAGGAAAACGAUCAUCUUAGUCUCCUGGAAAUAAAUCAAGAAGUGACUCCAGCAGUUCCGUCAUCUAAAGUUGCAAAAGUGGAAGGCUGCAUUCGGAUGUAUGAAGAGAUGCACAGGCUGAAAGCGAGGGAGAGGCUGAGGCAGCGGCAGGAGGAGCUGGAGCAGAUGGUGAGGGCAGCCCAUGCCCAGGCCAGUGAGCAGCUGAAGCGCUUUGAUGAACUGAGGGAGCUGAAGCGGCAUCAGGAAUUCCAAGAGUUGCAAGAAGUAAUGGAGAAGAGCUCAAAGGAGGCUCAGAGGCAGCAAGAGAAGUUGAAGGAAGAACACCGACAUAGAGCAAAGAUAUCGGACCUAAAACUGCACGAGGCAGAGCAGCAGAGGCAACGCUUCCAGGAAGAGCUGGAACUUCUGCACAAGAAAGAGGGCCAGGAGAGACUGCGUCGCCUUUAUUCCAUCCAGGAGGAACUGCUGCAGCUGAAGCAGCAGAUUGAUCCCAACCACGGGCACAAAGACUUGCCCGGAAUCGACCUGUCUGCGUACAGCAGUCGUGGCAGCCAGAUCUGUGGGCUGGUGUCAGAGCUCAUCCGCAGCGCCAGCGAGAGAGGGCUCCCGGCUCAAGAAGAUGUGGCCAGCUCUGAACGAGCCCUGCAGGAGAUGCAAGGACUGAUAUCCAGCAUGCAGCAGGAAAUCACUGCAGCUCUAGAAGCAAAAAAGAGGCAAGAUGAAGAGGAAAAGAAACAAAAGCAGAAAGAGCUGGAGGAAAGAGAGCAGAUGAAGAGGCAGACUUCUGUCCCUGCACAGCAGUGCUGGGGAAAGCAGCGGAAGGAAGGACUUCAAGUAGAAACAGAAGAAAGUAUCAUGCAGUGGUACCAGCAGCUUCAGGAUGCUGCUGAGCAAUGUCUUGCUGCUUUCAGUGAAAUUGGCAACUGCAAAGGCAACGCUGAGGUGAAGAAGAUAAAAACAAACUUGCAGAAAGCUGCUACAAUCCCUGUCAGCCAGAUCUCCUGCAUAUCAGGCUGGAAGCUGAGAGAGGUGUUUAAUAAGAUCCAUAACCUGCUCUCUGGGAAGCCUGUUCAGACUGAAGGCCAAACGGUGUUGGUGACUCAGCAUCCACAGGGACUGGAGUUUGUUUGUUACAAACUGGCAGAGAAGUUUGUGAGACAUGGGGAAGGAGAAGUAUCUUUUCACCACGAUUCAGCUUUCCCAAUUGCUGUGGUGCUCUCAGGAAUCUGGGAAUUACACCCUCGAGUUGGAGACCUCUUUUUAGCUCAUCUGCACAAAAAGUGCCCAUAUUCUGUGCCAUUUUACCCCGCUCGCAAAGAAGGGACUUCCAUGGAAGAGUAUCACAGGAUGCUUGGAUAUGAAGUCCAUGAUUCUGAAGUGGAAGAACAAGAUCAUUUUCUUAAGAGGAUGUCAGGAAUGAUUCGUCUCUAUGCUGCCCUCAUCUCAUUUGUUCUGAUGUUCUGCCCGCCCCUCACUAUCCCUAUAGAAACCCCUGCUCUUGCUCUCUGGGAGAGUUCUUUGUCCCUGCAUGCCUUGGAGGCCCGGUGUCUCUAUUUCAGCCAGGUGCAGCUGCUCAUGCACCAGAACAGGAUCUUUAUUGCAGGUCGAGCUCUGUGA